GCGUGUCGUAUUUGGAAAAGGGUUUUGUUUAAAACCCUUUCAGGUUCUUCUAGCUAGAGAGAGUGCUGGGUUUUUUGUGAAAGAUGUGGGCGAGUGCAGAAGGAGGAGCACCGGAGGUGACCCUAGAGACCUCCAUGGGGGCUUUCACGGUUGAGCUUUACUACAAGCACGCACCCAGGACUUGCAGGAACUUCAUCGAGCUCUCUCGCAGAGGCUACUACAACAAUGUCAAGUUCCACAGAAUCAUCAAGGAUUUCAUAGUGCAAGGUGGUGAUCCUACUGGGACUGGAAGGGGUGGAGAAUCCAUUUAUGGUUCAAAAUUUGAAGAUGAGAUAAGACCAGAGUUGAAGCAUACUGGAGCUGGAAUCUUGUCCAUGGCAAAUGCUGGUCCAGAUUCAAAUGGAAGCCAGUUCUUUAUCACGCUCGCACCGUGUGCUCCGCUGGAUGGAAAACACACAAUAUUUGGAAGAGUGUGCAGUGGAAUGGAAAUCAUCAAAAGACUGGGUAGUGUCCAAACUGAUAAUAGUGAUAGGCCCGUCCAUGAUGUGAAGAUACUGCGGACAUCUGUCAAGGAUUAGACAUUGCAAAGCUGCUGAUAGAGAUUACAGUCUCUCACCAGUUGUGAUCAUUGCAACAAGUUAAUUGAUUGUAUCAUAAACCGACAAAUGAACAUGAAUGUCUUCAUUUCAGUUGCUUACAAGAACACUAAGGGUGAAAAUGGAGAAGGUGUUACUGGUGUGGACCUUCCUCCUCUUGACACUAGACAUAUUUUGCUGAUCUCUAUUGUACUGUUUAAAAACCAGCUUUUAGAUGAUGCAGUCUAUUGUGAGCAUUUUCUGUAUUAGCUAA